GUCGCCAUGGCUGUAGAAGAAACACUCCAUUAUCCUAUUGAAGGUCCUAUAGCACUCCAUGAUUGGGCCUCAAACAAGCCUGUUGGUGCAGGUUUUGUUCGCCUUGGUCCAAAUCGUAGGAUGUUCAGCAUUUCGAUGGCUCACCAACUACAUUGCUUGCGAAUCAUACGUGCAGCACUCAUCAACGAAACACCCACAGCAUUUCAACACUCUCAUCAUUGUUUGAACUACAUCCGUCAGAUGACACUUUGCAAUCCAGACCUCACACUCGAGAGGUUCGACCCAUUGGAUCGAGAUUUCGAAGUCGACCGGGUUGGAGCAACGCAUGUUUGCAAGGAUUGGACUGCCGUUUAUACUGCUUUCUCUGAGAACCUUGCAGAUUUCAAGCAAUAUGUAAAUGAAUUAUAA